UGAUCAAAACAAAAAAGUUUUGGUGUUUGGUCAGUUUGGUGUCGCAAAAUAGUUUUGUUUGGUCUCCUCCUGGGGUGUGUGUGUGCAUCGGGGUAUUAUACAAUUUUGAUGUGAUGAUCCAUUGUCGUCCAAUACAUUUCUGGAUAUAAACAGCUUGCCUACGGUCACUUGAAGAGGACAUUCGGCAAUCGGGUUGGUGUCAUGACACCAACCCGACCCUGACACCUGGCGUGAUUUUCGAGUUCUUGAAACGAUCUACUGAAUUUUAUGAAGGAUUCGGACGGACGGAGUUGAUUGUCCUGGCAACAACACUUUCGGUCGCGUGGCUUUGGCAGCAAAAUUCAAAACAAAUGAGCGACACUGCAGCUGCGCGCUCGGAUCGAUUCUCAGCCGCCCAAGGUCGACCGCCUGCUCCGACAACACAAACAUCUGCCCUUCUUCGGCUGCCAAAAUCAACACAAGCGAUGCCUGGCAAACAGUGAGACGGUCGGCGCGGGACACUGGCCGAGCUGGACAACAUGAUGGACGAGGCGAGCGGGGCGCCGCAGUCGCCGCACAGCGAGUCCAGCGGCGCCGAUUCGGCGCUGCAAGGCAGUUGCCUGCUGCUGCGGUAUGCCAGCCAGAAUUCGCUGGACGAAAGCUCGCAAAAGCCCAUGCCCAGGGGCAGCAUCAGUAAGGACAAACCGCCCUACCGGAACAUGCACCACACUCAGAGGGCCUUUGACGCCAUGGAUAAGAUGAGAAAGGAGCAUUUGCUCUGCGAUGUUGUUCUGAUUGCUGAGAACAUCGAGGUGCCGGCUCACAAAAUGGUACUGGCCUCAUGCAGCCCCUACUUCAAUGCAAUGUUCACCAGUUUUGAAGAGAGCAGGCAAGAUAGAAUCACUCUGCAGGGCAUGGACUCGCAAGCACUCCAGCUUUUGAUUGAGUAUAUUUACUCGGCCGAGAUUCAAGUGACUGAAGAAAAUGUGCAGGUGCUGCUUCCGGCAGCAAAUAUCCUCCAAUUGACUGAUGUUCGAGAUGCAUGCUGUGAGUUUUUACAGACGCAGUUGCAUCCAAGCAACUGCCUGGGAAUCAGAGCUUUUGCAGAUUUGCACGGGUGUUCGGAACUUCUGAGCCACGCUGACACCUAUAUUGAGCAACAUUUUACCGAGGUGGUGGAGAGUGAAGAAUUUCUCAGCCUAAACCCCACGCAAGUGGCGAAGCUGAUUUGUAGUGAUAGACUGACUGUUCCUUCUGAAGAGAAGGUUUUUGAAUGUGUUGUGAGCUGGGUACAGCACGAUCUGGAAGCUCGUCAAAAUAACUUGGCAGAAUUGAUGGAGUACGUACGACUGCCGCUCCUAUCACAAGAGUACUUGGUUCAAAGAGUGGAGGAAGAGCCUUUGUUGAAGGCCAAUCUACAAUGCAAAGACUUUCUUAUUGAGGCUCUAAAAUAUCAUCUCUUAAAGGGAGAACAAAAAAUUAUGUUCAAAUCGCCAAGGACAAAACCACGACAGCCAGUCGGGCUGCCAAAAGUAAUGUUGGUUGUGGGAGGUCAAGCACCAAAAGCCAUAAGAAGUGUUGAGUGUUAUGAUUUCAAAGAAGAGAGGUGGUAUCAAGUCGCUGAAAUGCCUUCCAGGAGAUGCAGGGCCGGACUGUCUGUGAUUGGGGGCAAAGUUUAUGCCGUCGGUGGAUUUAAUGGUUCCUUGAGGGUUCGGACGGUCGACGUCUAUGAUGCAAUUGCAGACCAGUGGAAUCCUUGCGCAAAUAUGGAAGCUCGGAGGUCAACUUUGGGAGUGGCCGUCAUGAAUGGAUGUAUAUUUGCUGUUGGAGGAUUUGAUGGCUCCACUGGUCUCAACACAGCUGAGGUUUACGACCCGAAAACACAAGAAUGGAAACAGAUUGCGCCGAUGUCCACACGAAGGAGCAGCGUUGGAGUCGGCGUCGUAAAUGGAAUACUCUACGCCGUUGGUGGAUAUGAUGGAGCAUCAAGGCAAUGCUUGAGCACAGUCGAAAAUUAUAACCCCGAGACUGAUACCUGGCAAUCAGUGUGUGACAUGUCAGCAAGAAGAAGUGGAGCUGGAGUUGGAGUUUUGGACAACAUAUUGUAUGCCGUUGGAGGCCACGAUGGACCCCUUGUUCGCAAGAGCGUAGAGGCCUAUAAUCCCGACACAUGCAGGUGGUCUCCAGUUGCUGAUAUGGCGUUUUGCAGAAGAAAUGCUGGCGUUGUGGCUUUAGCUGGCCAACUGUAUGUGGUUGGUGGAGACGAUGGAUCAUGCAAUUUGGCGUCAGUGGAAGUAUACAACCCGAAAGCAGACACCUGGACCAUGUUGCCAUCUUGUAUGAGCAUUGGAAGAAGUUACGCUGGAGUGGCUAUUAUUGAUAAGCCAAUGUAGAAUCAUUAAACUUCACUGUAUUGCCUCUAUAAAAGAUCUGAUUCCUUUUUAAAGUAGAAGAAUAAUUUUUUUAUCGUCAAUUAUUGCUAUGUUGUAGCGAAUCAUGUUUCUGGAUAUUGUGAUAUGGAAUUUAUUCUAUUUCCACUUGCAACUUCAUGUCGGAUAAUAAUGUUAUUGUGGUCAUGUACAUGCUUUCCUCUAUAUAUUACAGGAAAUUCCUAAAUCUAAUGGAAAGCUUGGCUAAAAAUAAUUGUAUUUUAGAAAUUCUCUUUUUAAUUUAAACCUAAAACGCCUUUCAAUUUAGACUUUAGAUUCUACUGCUUUGGUAAAUAAAUUUGCAUCAAGAAAUUUUCCUUAAGUA